GGCGUUAUCUGCCCGGCCAGAAUCGUCGGUGCACGCCCCCCGCCCGCACCGCAGCUCCAUUAUAGUGACUCGUUCCAGGUCGCCCAGUUAGCGGCGUAGUUUUCUUCUAGACCGCCACGUCUUCCCAGCUCGACCGCUACGAUGAAGCAGCCCCUGUCCGCGGUGGUCCUGUGCCUGCUUGCCGUGCUGGGGAGGCCGGCGUGGGCCGGUCUGCUGAGCGUCCUGGACAUGCCGCAGCACGACGGCGUCUCCAGGGUCUGUCAGCUCUCGACCGGGGAUUCUCUGACCCAGGCGGUCGCCGCUGGGACGCCUCUCGUCGUCAGGGUCGUCAAGGGCGCCGCUAAGAAGGAGUGCUCCUCCGAGGAUUUCGUCGAGGUUGCAGCUCAGCUUUUGGAGGCCCACGGUGUGAAGUUUUGUGAUGUGCCAGAAAGUGUCAUCAAGGAAUCUAAUCCAACGGAAAUCGGUGAGGCAUAUCGAGUCGUUUUGUUUUGA